AUGAUUGCCUUAGUCAUAUUGUGGCAAUAUGCUGCAACUUUGGCUGACUUAUAUCUUCAUGCCACUGCUAUCGGAAAUUCCCAACAAAUGCCUGGACCAACAAUUCCAAGCGCCAGUUCAUUAGAAAUAGCAAAUAAUUGUUCUGAGAUAUCUUAUUCAAAUAAUUGUGCAUCACAAAAUCAGAAUCCAAGAAAGGUAUUAACAGUUUACCAAAAUACAAGUGAUACCUUACAAAUUCGGAGUAAUGACGACGGUAUUUAUCUUUUGCAAUCACCACCUUCAGAGAAAGUCUAUUCAUAUUCAGGAUCAGGUGUCUUUUUGCGUUCCUCUUGUGUACCUAUUAGUAGUAUAUGUAAUUUAAAAGCCAGAUAUGGUUCCAAUACCAAUUAUUCUUGUCCUGGAACAUUAUGGUUUGCCUCAGGAAAUACAGUAACGAAAAAUUUUGAUAUAAACGUUACCAGCGCAAUUAAUAACCAAGGAAAAUAUAUAGCAUCUAAUCCCAUACAUGCAAUUAUCACUGCACGCUACAGCAAAGCAGAUUCAGAUUAUGAUUCAGAGUUCGUGACUGAAGUACAUGGUGAUCUUUCAAUUUUACUACACUGCCAACUAUUAGCUUCAAAGAUCAAUUACGUUAUUACUCUUGGAUCGUUAAAAGUAUCCUCACAAGAAAAUCUUACGAAUUCUCAACUUUUUACUCUCGGUGCUGCAUCAAUGAAUUAUAACAUGGCAUUUCGAUCGAUGAUUGAUGUCCAAGUUAUAGCAAAUAAAGGAAAUAGUACAUUAUUCGCUAAUUCAUUUGCACAACAAUGGGCUCGAGCAACAAUCGCUGCAUUCAGCCCUAUUGUACAAGAAAAUAGUGCAGGAGGGGGAUAUUCUUAUACAAUCGAGGUGAAUAAAGACCAAACUAUUGUUCCACUUUCAGCAGUCGCAAUUUAUGCUAUUAUUGUCAUAUUGCCGCUUCAAUUAAUGCAAGCAUCUAUGUCUCAUAGCCUAGUUUGCACUUUGAAAUCUUGCUUUAACUCUGGCCAAACUCGUAAGCUCGCUAUCGCUAUUGCUUUUGUUUUUGCUUGGCAAUAUUUAGCAACGAUAGCAGAUUUAUACCUUCAUACAACUGCUAUUGGAAAUUCUCAAAAACUGCCUGGAACAACAGUCUCAAGCACCAGAUCGUUAGAUAUAGCAACCAAUUGUUCUGAUACAUCUCGUUUAGACAAUUGCGUGGCACGUAAACGUGGAAUGAAAAAUGGAUAUAAAGCAUUGGAAGUGUACUAUAAUACAAGUGAUUCUCUAAAAGUUUGGCACACUAAUGAUGGCGUUUACCUUUUGCAAUCACCGCCUGCAGAGCAAGUCUAUUCAUAUUCUGGAACUGCCGUUUUUUUACAACCUUCCUGUAAACCUAUUAGCAGUGUGUGCAAUUUAAGGAGCAUAAGUUUCAAUGUUACAAGUUACAACUGCCCUAAAACACUAUGGUCUGCUUCGAGUGAUUUAUUUAAUAAUGAUACAGUAGGAAUUGAUAUAGGCAUAAACGUUACCAACACAAAUUUGGUCUUACAGCAAAACUAUGUAGCAUCUAAUCCUAUAGAAGCAAUUGCUUUUGUACGCUAUGUUAAAGAUUAUUCAACUAAUUAUGAUUCUGAGUUUGUGAGAGAAUUAAAUGGUAAUGUCACGAUUUUACUACAUUGUCAAUUACUCUCCUCAGUAGUCGAUUAUGUUGUUACUCUUGGAUCUCUAAAAGCAUCUCCACAAAGAAACUUGACAAAUUCACAACUUUUUAACCUUGGAAAUAGUACAUUAUUUGCUGAUACAUUUGCGCAGCAGUGGGCCCACGCAACUAUUUCUGCAUUUAGUGUUAUGGUGCAAGGAAAUGGAACAGCAAGUGGGUAUAGUUAUACUCUUGAAGAAGAUAAAAACCAAAGUAUUGUUCCACUUUCAGCCACCUUA